AGUUCCCCGUCGGACAUGUUAUAUCAUAGUACGCGCCACUAUCUGGUAGCAGAACAUAAACAGAAUUCUUGUUCAACAUGGCAGAGACUCACAGCUUGCAAGACAUGAGGCAGCAGGCAGCCAUCGCCGCCAAAGUCUUCAUUCAGAGAGAUUAUACCAACGGCACCGUGUGCCAGUUCCAAACCAAGUUUCCCUCUGAGCUGGAGACCAGGAUUGACAAACAGCAGUUUGAGGAGACAGUGCGGACGCUGAACAACCUGUAUGCUGAGGCAGAGAAGCUGGGAAGCCAGUCAUAUAUCGAAGGCUGUUUGGCCUGCCUCACAGCUUACACUGUUUUCCUGUGUAUGGAGACUCACUAUGAGAAGAUUUUAAAGAAGAUUGCAAAGUACAUUCAAGAGCAGAAUGACAAGAUCUACGCACCGCGAGGCCUCCUGCUCACCGACCCCAUUGAGAGAGGCCUGCGAGUUAUCGAGGUCACCAUCUUUGAAGACAGAAGCCUGACAAGAUAAAAGCCAACAUGCUGCUGUGUGACUGAGCCGAGCUGCGCCGGAGCCCUCCUCCCCGAGGACUGCCCACACCUGCAUCCUUAAACACUGCGACUCUACAAUCUAUCUCUUUCUACCAACUACCAUGUGCAUGUCCCGUUCAGAGCAUCCUGUGUCGGCAAGUUAGACAUUUCGUCCGUGACACCUGAACAAAUACUGUUUUAGCAUUAUUUGCGGCUUUUCUGUCAGCAACUUUUUAUUUAGUUGGAGGAAAGGAAAUGAUGCCUUGGAAAGGCUAACUCAGAAUUUAUCGACAUUCCUCGAGCCAUGUUAUUUUGGACUACAAAAGUACUUUUUGAAUUGUAGUAUUUGUGAAAUUAUAACUUUUAUAAAUUCCUUUCCCUUUUAGACGCUCCUUUUUGAAUACUAAAGCCAACACACAGGGUAACUUAUUUCUAUGAAGGAACUCAUCCACACUCCUGCUGUAGUGAUUGUUUUGGCUGAACUGACAGUUUGCUCAGUUUCAGCCACGUAACCGAGAACUGUGGUUGUUAGUGAGGUUUGCUGCAUGCGCUCUACCUUAGUUUGUUUGCUUUCGUCUUAUUUUUGUAUUUUUGUCCUUCGUACAUUCUCACCUUCUCUGCCUGUCUGCUCGUGACCUUUGAUUUUCAGCUCCAAACAUUCCAGUCAAACAGUCACAGUUUAAAUAUUAAUGUACAUCUUUUAUUUCUAUGCAUUGAUUUAAGAGAUGCUUUAUUCUUUCUUUAAAACGACAACCAAAGCUUGUGCUUGCUCUGUAUUAGGCAUGUCAUACUGUUAAUGCAAUUCAGUGAGUUAGUUCUUUUCUUUUUGAAAGUACGCUUAAGGUUUAGUGACUUACUGUUGAUUUCAGACUCGUGUUUAGUAAAACGUCUAUUUAUAUACUGUGAGAUUGCCUUUGACUGAAGUAUUAAAAGUGCUCUUGUUAGUUGUCAGUGCCUAAAAUGGCUUUGAAUGUUGCCUUUAUUUAAGUGUAAAGGUCCGGUCACACCAGGCUUCGAAACGGGAAAACCUAACUUGAAUUCAUUCCAGUUGAAUCACUGUGAUCACAGGGGGGAAGUAAAUCAGCACAAGUGUUUCACAUUAGCUUUAACUUUAGUGAUCUCUGAAUUUACACCGUUGACCAAUAACAAGCUUUCUUUCUAGUGCUGACCUUUGAGGGGGAGAGAGUCCUAUCACCACAAUGGUUUUAGCUAUUGUAGCUAAUUACAACGGAUUAGUCACCUGAAGGAUUCGACCUUUGUGUCCUUCGUUAUUGGCACCAUCAACACUAGUCGGUUAAACUGAUUAUAAUACUUCAUUAUGGUAAACUUUUGUGUCUAAGAUGUUACACAGCAUGUUUGGAAAGAUUUUGUUGUAGAAAAGAAAAGAUUGCAGGUAGUGUCACUAUUAAUAGCCAUGUAACACUUGACUGGUGCGAUGUGUAACCACAGGAACUCUGCAAACCAAUACGACAUUGUUAAACCGCUCUCAGAAAAGAUAACGCAGCUCACCACAGCACUGUGCAAGAUAGGCUUCCACUCUGCUGAAGGUUUUCAAGAGUUAAUGUGAUCUAUUAAGGCUGGAUACAUGGUGCUGAGGUGGAAAAUGAUCUCAUCCAGACUGGAGCACAACUCGUGUUUUCUUGCUUUAAGACUGAUCUAAGUAUGUCUAGUCAACAGGGAAACAAAUCAUUAGGAACAUCCCUACCUGUGUCUUUUCUUAAUCUCCUCUGAAUAAAAAACUGCUCUACAGAGUAAGAAAGCUCUGCAGACGGUUCGGAGACAGCGGUUCAAGUGCCUCUUUUGAACACAAAAAUGUUUGUUUAUUCAGUAAAUACCAGGACCUGAAGUCAGAGCCGCAGCGACGUCUUAGUUCAAAUGGAAAAACAAUUUAGAAAACACUACAUACCAUUUGUUUCACACAUCUUGUCAGCGCAAUAUGUAUAACUGGCAAACGGUAAAAAGACAACAGUGAACAGAAAACUGUAAAACUGCUUGCUGUUGUAUAAUCAGGAAGUGUACCGCUGACAAGGAUGUGACUUCCAGCAUUACUCGACUGCUGCCGAAAUGUCGCUCAUGUCUCUCAGUGAAGUCAAAUGUUUGUUAGACAUCUUAGUAACCAAAAGCAUCCAUGGUACUGGAACGUAGUAAAGCUCCUACCUGAUGUCUAACACCCUACAUUUUUACAGAAACCCUGAUUAUUGUCCUUGUACUGUGUUCUGGUGUGACCAGGCCUUGACCAGUAGGAUCACGUCAGGUCUUGUUAACGUAUUGCUAACAAACUACACUUCAAGAUCAUGAUUCUUGACCAGGUGUAACUCAAACAGGAGAACCUCAGUGCGUAUCGCUGGUAAUGUGUGACUUCAACUGUCUCUGAUGUUUGGUGAAUGUGGUCCGACAGAAGCAUCUAAAAUAGCUCUAUGUAACAGUAACGACCUUUGAACGGCGUAAUCAACAAAUCAGCUACUACCUUGAUUUCUAGUUGUGUAAAUAAAGUUUCGUUUAACCUUGAUUGACAUAGGUCCUUAUUUAUCUUGAGUUCAGCUGAUUGAACUUUUCUACAUUUUUUUUUCAGUUGAAAUCCAAAUGUGUUAUUAAUCUACAACUUGUAUGCCAAUAAACGAAACAUGUACAUAUUUUA